GGCGGCUAUUAGCGAUCUAGUGUGUUAUUUUUUUGCGGAAAUUUUUCCGUGUUACAUAUUAUAGAUAAGUGUCAUCUGAAUCUUGUCCACCAUAUGCAGUAUCUGCCAGGGAUGUGGCACUAAAUUGUUCGUGUUAAGUGCUUGCAAAUAUUGAACACCUCGUUGUACCUGGGCAAUGUAUAAAUGGAUAACCACUUCAAAGUCACGUACAUGCUAAUGCUCCCACUGCACUCCAGCCCGGCGCUCCUCUCUGUAGCAGAAAUGAUGGAGACCUGUUCCCGUAUUUUGUAUACAACACCUAUAUAUAGCAAAUGCUAUCUUUUGUGACAUUGGGUGUACCAUUGUGUGUGAACCCGAAGGUCUGAUCAUUUGACAAUUGCUGAUAUCCCGUCGGACAUACGUUUUACAUAGACAGUGAUAUUUUAUUUGGCACGGAUAUGAUUAGGGAGAUAAAUGCAGCAGUUAUGAGCGCUCAUCACAGUCUGAUAUGAAAUUGCGCGUUGCGCGAUAUGUGUAUAUCGCAGCUGAUCUGAUGGACGAGUUGGUGCAGAUGCUGUGUCAGGCUCAAUGAGAUCCAUUAGGAUAAGUUUCCUUUAGACUUGUUCCCGUAUGAAAAGAAAUUCUCCCCUGCACUCUUCCUUGUCCUGCUGACUGCACUGUGCAACGCGCGCGCUCGCGCCGUGGCCACAAUCGAAGCAUUCGGCAGGGUCGUAACCCUACGCACAUCUUCUUUGGUCUUUCUCUGUUUGAGCGCGAAAUUGAAGGCGAUUAAACGUAUUUUCUGACAUUCCAGUCCAAGAUUGAUCGACCUAUUCCCAGCAGUGGAACCCUUGCAAUACCGAGAAAUAUUGCGGAAAUUAAUAUUGCCGACUAUCUGUGCAUUAUGACAAUGAUAACAGCGCUCGGUCGUUGGACUGUCAUUUUAAUGAAAAUGCCGGGUAUACAGUAUACACAUAAUAAUAUGUGAAUACGCGAGAGUUGGCACAUUUCCCUAAAAUUCCGUACUAGAACUGGGAUCGAUGUUGGUGUGAAGGCAUAACUGUUGCAUACUGCAUUACAUUAUUAUCGCAUGGAAUGAAAUUAGAGUUCGGCUUGUGAUGCUGGGAGUGUUGUCUCGAUUAUGGGAAAUAAGCACAGUAAUGCGACCAAUCGCCAAAAAGCUGCUAAUACAUCUAAUCAUUCGAAAAAAGCACCGGUGUCGUGCGUCAGCCAUGGGACUCAAACAACCAACUGGAUACCGCCAGCGGAAAACUGGGAUGCCGGCGACUGGCGAUUGCCUUACGGAUGGGAAUGCGGAGCUGAUUCGCAGGGUCGGAUCUAUUACAUCAAUCAUAUCGACAAAUUCACCACGUACGACGAUCCGCGGCUGCUGCAAGGCGACGACGAUUCCGAGCAGGAUCUCUAUCCCGUUCCCCGGGAUGUUGUCCUGCGCCGUGAUCCCAAUAUUGGUUUUGGAUUUGUUGCAGGAAGCGAGAAGCCGGUGAUAGUGCGUUUUGUAAACGAAGAUGGACCAAGCGCAGGCAAACUCCUUCCUUCUGAUCUCAUUCUCAAAAUCAAUGGGGAAGACGUGGAAAAAGCGCCACGGGACCAUGUUAUCGAGCUGGUGCGAUCAUGCAAAGAUACGGUGACGCUUACCGUAUGUCAACCGCAAAGUGACAACGCCAGCAGGAAAUCGGCAUUUUUAAGUGCGGCAAAAAAAGCCAAAUUAAAAAAUAAGCCAUCGCGUGUGCGCUUUGCCGACGGAGUGGUAAUAAACGGCAGCGGAAAUAUUGUUCCAGCCGGCGCCCCUGAUCCCGCUUCUACUCCCUUUAUACCCAAUGUUCUCAAAGUAUUCCUGGAAAAUGGACAAACCAAGUCUUUCAAAUACGAUAAUAAAACCACAGUUCGAGAUGUGAUGAACUCUUUAAGAGAAAAGCUUUCAAUCCAAGCCAUAGAGCACUUUGCAUUAGUUGUGGAACAUGUGAAAAGCCUAAAGAAAAAUCAGCUCAAGCUUUUGAGCCCCGAAGAUACCAUCUCAAAGGUGGCAGCGCGACCCGGUGCCCAACAUCUGCGAUGUCUAUUCCGUGUAGUGUUUGUACCCCGGGAUGCGUAUGAUCUCCUCAGAAGAGACCCGAUAGCCUUUGAUUAUUUUUAUAUGCAGUGUUGUAACGAUGUUGUUGAUGAAAGAUUUGCCACUGAAUUACGCUGCGAUGUUGCUCUGCGGUUAGCGGCGCUUCAGAUGCAGCAGCACGGUUUAACAAGUAACGUUGGGGCAAAGCUAUCUGUGAAACGAAUCGAGAAAGAGUGUGGUCUCGAGCGAUUCAUUCCUCCCUCCAUUAUCGAAGCUAUGACAAAAGAGUUAAGGCGUUUAUUGUCGCAUUUAAUAAAAAUCAACAAUCAACAACUGUCGACGCCGGGGCAAAAAAAGCUAAGCGAAGUGCAAAUUAAGGUUCAUUACCUAAAAAUCCUUAGCGAGCUGCCCACCUUUGGCGGACGCUGCUUUAACGUCACUAUACCGGAAACCAAAAGCGAUGGAUUAAUCCUGAUAUCGCCUAAAUUUGGGAUAAGUCAAAUUUCCGGCACGAAGAGCGGCUCACCUGUGAUGUUAACUGAAUUAGAGUCAAUAAGCGAAGUCAUUGUGGCGGAAAUUCCUGACGCAUUCCACUCCAUCGAGAUCCACAUCAAGCCUCCCUUAAACGAACGGUUUGGAUUUGAAGCCGAAAGUAGCGAUGAUCUUGAUGAUAUGGUUCAGCUACUCAACGGUUACUCCAAGCUGUUUGUGGGGAUCCCAUUGAGAGUAUUGGUUAUUGACGACGGCAAGGAUGAUAAUAAAUCACCCGGCGAGCCUCCGCCGUAUUACGGACAUCAUGUUGUCUAUUCCAUGCCCUGGAGUUAUCCGCCCGAUCUCAAAUCGAUAACAAUCCAAUUAAAUGAAGAGACUAUCAAAAAUACUGCCGAGCAUUACGCUGAUUUUUCACAUCUUCCCUUGUCAGCACAAAACAUUAAUAAUCAGGCCAACGCACCGUCGACUAUAUCCCAGUCAGUUGCUCCUGUUCAACCGCAGCCACAUCCGCUCUCUGUGUCCAUAAAAUCCGACUCUCUGCAGUCGUCCACGGAAUCCGUGGUCACACUCGCUAAGCCAGCGGACAUUCCCGAGCCGCCAACGGUCACCAUACCAACCCAUGUGGAGAUCACACUGCCCGGACCCAUUACUGCAGUCCCCGCCCCCUCGUCAACCUCAACAACACUGGCGCCGCCCGAUAUUGUUCGCAAUAUGAAAUUCAUCGACGAUUCCACAUCGUCCGAGCUGGAUACGCCCAUCGCCGAGCGCGCCCUCAAACGCGCCGAACAGCAGCUGCACAAUAUCCGCGAAACCGACGUCAUCCGGUUCCGACCGCAGCUCUUCAAUCCGCACUUAACCGGUCCGACCGGUAACGAACCGGAUGUCAUCAAGCGCAGUAUCUCGCAGACCGGUUCCGUGGCCGAACUGGCCGAGAAACUCAGCAGUCUGCGGACGCCCACGACACCGGCCGAUAAUGUCAAUUUUGCCUGGCAGAAUAAGAUGGAGUUGGGUUCGGAUAGCGAGGAGACCGACAGCGUCAGUACGACGCCCACCGAUAGCCCGAUCCAUCGGGCGCUGGCGGAAAAAGCGGCACGCAUCAGCACGGCAGCCGCUGCCACCGCAGCCGGUCAUCAUCAUCGCAUCGCCAAUCCGCCGUCGACACUCUUCCGCAGCGGAUCCAGUUUCGGCCUGCACAGUCCGGAUGAUGUGGCCAAGUACAACAGCGAUGGUAUUCAGGUGUACAUUGAUAACGUGGCCGAUAUGGAGAUGCGCCCGUUUGAUAGUCGUAAUGAUCACCGGCAGAGUGUCGGAUCACUGUACUUGGAUCCGGAUAUCAUUGAUCUCUGUCAGAUUCCCAUCCCCGAAGAAGCUAAUGAAUGCUACAUGGAAAUGUAUGCCGACAUCGUGGAAGUGCCGCCGACACCGUUCCGUGAUCCGCUGAUCCCGUUCCCGGGCUGCGAGACCAGUAAUGAAUUCGAUGUGCUACCCGAUAUCGAAGAAGACUCUCCACGGCAUUUCCCUUCGGAGAUGGCCGAUCUCCUGCACGAUAUGCCCGAAAAACCCGGCACCGACACCGGUGCUCUGGACCGUGCGCUGGAUGAACUGAAUUCCUUUAUUUCCGCCAUGACCAUUCCCGACCCGGACGAAGCGCACCCGCAUUUGCACCGUGUCACCAGUGAAGAUAUUCGUUUGCUGGUCAUUCCACCUCCGCCAUCCCGCACUCCCACACGGCCGGUAACCGCCUCCCCAUCAACGGCCAGCACAGCCACGGUCAGUCCAAGCUGCUCGAAACACUCAACAACCGACACCUCGGAAGUGCUCUCACCGCAGAAACCACCGCUUCCGCCUAAGCCUAAGAUUAUCCCACCUCCGCCGCCGCCGCGCAACAAAUCUUUAGAGCGCGGGAAGAAGCAGGCGUCUAGUCCGAACGGUACGAAACCAGCGGUCGAGACAAACAUCAGCGCCUCGCCGGUAAAUACGGCCCGGUUCAGUCCUACUCAACCAACACCACGCGGUGAAAUCGAGAACACCGAAGCAUUCAAAGACUGUGUGGCGGAAAUCAAUGCACAGCUUAGUGAAAUCGCCAUACGCAGGGGGGCCGUCAGCAGUGAAUCGGACCUUGUAUCGACAACACCCUCGGCAUCGGAAGAGUCGACGCCGGUGAUGUGGCGGAAAAAUCCGGUGUUGAAUAAUAAGAGCAACCGUAAACCGCCCAUCGUGGGCGGUAUUCAUCCCAAUGCCACUCUGCCCUUCGCCCUGACCAAACCCAGUUCCAGCUAUAUGAAAACGAAAUACCGCACCCGACCGCCAUCUCGCGAGAAGAUCCGUAAACGUCUGGCGGCGGUGCGAGCCCAGACAGAAGCCAAAGAAAACUAUGUCAACGGUCACGAAGAAGACGAUGACGAUGAACCGACCGGACGCGGGGAGGCGGUGCGGGCUACCAGCUGUGGUCCCUCGGGCAUUACGCGUGUGGACAUCCAGUCCAAUUUGCCGCAUCGUCCCGGUCAUAAUCAGCAGGAAACCGACGGGGAGGUCCUGGAGCGCAUCUGUGAUAUAGUCUCCGAGAUCGACUGGACACUGGAUUCCAUCCGGCGGCCGGAGACGGUGACGCCCAGUUCCAGUCACAUGCGCCACGCCCGUGAGCAGCUUGUGUCCGAAGCCCGGCGAUUUGUUACGGCGUCCAAGAGUUUCGUUAAAAGCGCCACGGUGAUGUUGAGCGGGGAAGUGGAGGCGCGAGCCGUGCCGCCGGAUGAAACCUACGUGGAAGCGUCGCCCCAGCGCGGUCGCCCCACCUCGCUGACCGGAAACGGCGCGGUAUCCUACCAGUACUCCAUCUUCCACGAGAGUUUGGUGCGGUGUACGGAUUUAAUCGGCAUGAUGUUCCAUUCCGCCACGCUCGUGGCACGGUAUUCCUCCACGGUCGGGGAGGCGACCAAGUUGGUGGAGGGCAUUCUGCUGGUGGCGGUGGCAUUCCGCAGUACCGUACAAGCGGCAUUCCGUCCAACAGGGGCAAUCAAUUACGCCGAACGCCAGCACAGUCUGCACGAUCCGGCUGUCAAAUUGCUAAUGUCGGAAGCCACGAAAUUGGCAGCUUCGCUGACGAGUCUAAUGAAGACCAUACGAUCAAUUGAAGGAAAUCCCUGCAAUGGCGCAGCGGCAGCCGGUGCAACGGCCGCGGCCGUGCAACCGCCGCCGCCGCAGCCGGGUCAUGCGCUGGAACAUGAUCACCGUCAUGAUGAGCACAUCAAAUGAAUACUCUAGUCAGUUUUCUGGAUUUGUUUAUAGAUGGGUUUCUUUUUUGAUUCUGUUGGAGAAGAUUGAUUUGAUUUGGGUGGAAUCGAUAUGCUGAGAGAGUGGGCAUUCUUAUGGCCUCUCAUUGUGCACCAAAAAUUAAUAAUGGAGUUCCUACUCUGGCUUCACUACUGAGAAUUUUUUGAUCGCCUUUCCAUGCUUUGUUAACGUUGUACAUAAAAGAAAACCGCAUGAGUGGAAAAUAUUUAUCCAGUCACAAUGCGUGUAAUUUGUUUUCGAUCGAUGGGAUUAAAACGAUGCUAUAGAGGAAAA